GUAAAAAAAAGAAAAAAGAAAAAUAUGCAAAAACUCCAGCUACAUACUAACUUUUAGUAGAAACAGAAUAGUGAAUUCAAAUAAUAUUUGAUAUAAAAUCUCAGUUGAUUCUUUGCUAUUGUUGAAAGAAAAAUCUUCAUCAGAGUCAAGUCCAAGCCGGGAAUAAAUAAAAAAGAUGGUUGCAGUUUAUUGAAGAGCAGUGCCAGACAGAAAUGUGCCUCUGGGAAAGCUGACCACAUAUUGCUGGGAAUGCUGGGUUUUUACACCUUGGGCUUUUGUGUUUGGAGUUGUUCUGUGGCAUGAACUUUGACCUGACGUUCAGUGCGCCUUUCUGGUAUUCUAAUGGUGGUGGGUUAAUCCUAUUAUGCCCUAAAGGUCAUAUCAUGCUUCCCUGGGCUGUGGCUGAUGGCUAUGUCCUGUGUUGGAUUUUUUGGAUGAGGGGUUGUUGGUUUAGGGAUCUUUGUCUUUCUAAUCCCAUCAGCUCCAAACUUCCUGGCCACAGUCUUUCUGAAAGGGUUAUCAAAUAUGCAUUUCUAAAAGGUGGCCUGCUUGGUUUCUGCUUGGGGGAGGGAGAUUUGGGGUUGUCUUUGCCUAAGAUUUUUCAUUAUUCCUUUGGGGAAAUAUAAUAUUCUGUCCUUUUUAAUACCCCCCCCCCAAUAUUUCUUUCUCUAGGAGGGUGGGUGGGUGCUGACUUCUAACAUUAUUCUUGAAACAAGGCUAGCUUAUCUCUAGUGGUUCCACCAAACAAAACAACCUUUGAGCUCUUUUCUAGUUAAUAUUACCUUAUUACUAUUUGCUGAGCAACCUAACCUUUGCACCAAUCUCUGUGCUUUUUCAUAAAGGCUUCACAGGUUUUCACAAUGUCAGAUUAUAAAUCAUAAUGGCUAGAUCAAGUUUUAAUUAAGCAGGGUGUGUGAACCAGGCCAUCUCAAGACAUAAUAUGGGCGGUUUGUUUUGGCUGCCUGUGUUAUGUUCUUGUGGAAAACGAAAGGACUUUUACGAAUUCCAAAGGGUGUAACAGAGAGGUUUAUUUGCGCAAGGUUCAGAAGCCGAUUAACAGCAAAUUCUGAACAAAGGGGGCGGACCCAAACUAUAGUCCCUUUCUAAGGAACAAAGGGAGCACACAUGGAAUUUACAUUGUAUAUCAUUUAGUUUCUCACAUGUUAGGUUCAUUUCUCAUGAAGACAGUUUUACUUUAUACAAUGUUUCCAAAUGUGCAUUAGGUCAGUCACGUAUUGUUAAUACAGCUUUUGCUAACAGCUUUCUUCCAGGAAUUAUGCAGACACAUCAUUUUACUUGAAUAAUGAUUUUUCAUCAUUAUUAUUAUUCUACUUUAUUCUUCAUUUUAUUCUAUGUUAUUCUACUUUAUUCCACUUUACUGUGACCACAGCAAUGCUUUAUUAGCCACGUUUACAGCUUGAAGUGUUAUAUGGGCACAGCCUAUGUGCUCAUCAUCAGUUCUCAGCAAGAAAUAAACACCCAUCUCCAAAUUUAGAAAUAGACUUGGAAAUCUGGGUGAGAAGUAGAAUCUGCAACAAAAUUUUGCAAUGAAGUGCUCCAAUUCUGAAUGCUAGUAAGCUCUCCAGCGAUCCCCGCUCCCAGCGGUUAUCCUGUCUUUUCUCCCCCGAUCUGAGUUGACAAAUCCAAUGUUCAGUUUUUCCGUAGCAGUUCUUGCGGUUUCUCCUUUCCUUCCCCAAAUAUAUCGGGGAUGGUGUCAUUGUAACUGAAGAAACGAACAGAAGAUGUAGGAUAUCUCCUAAAUUAUUUCCGACAAAAGUAGCACUCCAGUCUUCUUGGGUCAAGCGAAACUAUAAAGUUUACACCCAACGAUAUGCAGGAGAACUUCCCUUUAAUCUGCUAAUUGUACUACUACUUAUCGUUCAUUACUGUUGGUGGUUUUUUUAAAACUACUGGCUGAUGCAAUCCCCGGGCAGUGGCAAUCUCCCAGUUAACCUGUUCUCUCUCGGCCGGAGGCGGGGCUAUGUUUGAGUAAAGGACUAAUCGCAAACUGUCAAAGAAUGCCUCGCUUACCCGGAUGCUGAUGGAAGCCCCACCCACCAUUUCUGCUUCUCUUCUGAAAACCGUAGAGCCGACAUUUCUUUCCUCCUCUCUACGAAAUGGGCGCCUGCGCGUUUUGUUCCUCCUGAAAGGGGUCUUCCGCCCUCAGCCUUAACUGCUCUUCUCUUCUCCAACCGCCGCCAUUUUAUUCUUCUCGCGGAACGUGCUGUGUAAAGCCAAAAGGGUCGCCGCCAUUCGCUGAAAAGAUGGCAUGGCCCAGCUCGGAGAGAGGCCUCUUCACUUUUAGAAAUCCUUCAACUGUCACAGGCCGACAAAAGCGGCCGAUUCACAUCGGGUGGAAGCGCUGAGGUAAGGAGCACCCCACCCAUGGAGCCCCUAAGGGAAGGAGAGCAGGCGGCCCCUCACCUCAACGCUUGCCCGCCCUCGUUGACGGCUCCCCAACCCGACGCUCCGUUUUCAUUGCUGCGGCUCUUAACACAGCUGCUGCAGCGCCUCCUGCCCGGUCCGAUUAGUCCCCUCUUCUGGCUGCCUUCCGAGGUCCACGCCACCGCGCCGGAGACUUCGGUGCCAGUGUGGGAGACUCCCGGCCUGCCUCCGAUUUUGGCCGUUCAGCACCAGCUGCGCGUGGUCUCUUCCUCCUACGUGCUGGGUGGCACAGACAAGAACUCCGUGCCUGGACCUCUGCGAGCCCACUUUCCCGAGAUCUUGCAACGAGCCCCGUGGCAGCCACAUAAAGCCGUUCUUGACGAGCCAGACUCCGAUUGCGGCUACCACAGCUUGGAAGUCGAGGAGCAGCUGCGGGAGGCCUGGGCCCCGAAGGAGCGUGGUGGGGAAGCCCAAGAAGAGCGGGAUCUCGCGAAGACCUCGCAGUCUCUGGAUAGGGACAGUGCUGGGCGGGAAGCGGCUGCGGAAGUUGGCUCCGAUGUAGAAGCCGACCUGCCGGUGGUGGCCAGGCCGGCGUGUCCUAACAAGCUGAUCGAUUACAUUCUGGGAGGCGCUUGCAGCGGGGAAGAGAGCGAAGGGGAAGACAACGAUGAUGAUGAAGAGGAGGAGGAUUGGUACGGGGAGGUGGAGGAGGAAGACGACGACGACGGCUUUGACAGUGAAGGAUCCCUUUCAGAGUCGGAAAUAAGCCAAGAUGGAGAAAGCAAUGAUCUGUGGAACUCCUUCUGUAGCCCCGAUCCAUACGACCCGUGGAAUUUCACAGCAGCUCUGCAGACUGCUGAGAAUGUGGGAGAGGAAGGGUCUACAAGAGAGUCAAAUGAAAGCGAGGUGGUAGAGGAAUCUUCCUCUUGGAGUGAAAGUUCUUGUGAGGAAGAUGAAUGGGAGUCUGGUAGCCUAGAUGAAUCUGAAAAUUUGAAAUUGUGGAAUUCUUUUAUUAACUUGGACGAUCCUUAUAACCCUUUCCAUUUUAAGGCACAAUUCCAGACUGCAGGAAAGAAAGGGAAAAGGGACUUGAAAGGAUCCACCGGUUUAAGCCUUAGCCCCUCUCAACAUAGUAUCUUAUUUAGCUGUCAGCUUCACCUGUUUGAUAAUGGAGGCACUGAAAAUGCUGGGUAUGGCGUCCUUUCUAGGGAAAUGCUUAAGAAGAAGAAAAAGGUCACUUUUCUUGAAGAAGUUACUGAGUAUUAUGUAAGCAAUGAGGAAGAUCGCAAGGGACCUUGGGAAGAGCUUGCACGUGAUGGAUGCCGAUUCCAUAAACGAAUUCAGGAGACUGAAGAUGCUAUUGGAUAUUGCUUAACAGUAGAGCACAGGCAGCGAAUCCGUAAUAGAUUCCAGGAAGUGUGUUAUGAAAGUUCUGAUAUUUUUUAAACCCUUAUUAAUUAUCCAGGGUAAUACUUUUAAUGAUGUUUAUGAGCAUCUUUCAAGACAUCUGUUAAAAAUGAUAGCUGCCUCUAAUAGUAUAAAACUCAGAAUUGGAGUAAUUGUAAAACUGCUUCUCAAUUCUCUGCCAACAAAUAUGGUAUAAAAACUGGAUGCAGUGUUUAAACAAGUCUUUUGAACAUCCAGUGUGUGCAUAAGUGGUCCUUUCUAAUGAUAGUUUAUCUAUUUUUACAAAAGCCAAUCCAAACAUGCCUCCUUGUGCAUUUGUGUAUGUGUGUUCUGUCUCAUUCACAUAUAUAUGUAAGAAAAGAAAUGUGUCAAAUUUUUGCACUUUUGAAAAAGGAAAAAUAUUUUCAAGUGUAUUUAUUGGGUUUGGAACCUAACAAUGCAGUUCUGAUUUAAAGUUUGUAAAUUGCACCCUGUACUUACAUUUGUAUAUACCAGAAAAUUGUAAUAAUCUUAUUUCCUAUAAUUGAAAUGAAUUUAUACAAUAACACUGUCUGCUUCUCAUUGGUCUUUUUCUUACAUAUUUGAUUUUAACAAAACUCUUCUGCAUAAAAGUAUCUCUUACAUUUUUAGAGAUUAUUUAGUUGGAAUAGAAUGCUGUAUAUUUUACAGUAAAAUUGCAAACAGUAUUGGACUGCUAAUGACAGGAACCACCAUUAAUGUGGUUAGUAACACAUUCUUCCCCACUUUUGGCAUUAUACCAGUCUAAUGGAUAUUGCUUUCUGCUCCUGUGGAUAGAUCACCAAAAUUCUGUAGCAGUUCUAUUUAUUAUUUCAGAACGAAUCUGCUGUCAGUAAACACUGUAGUAAGAAAAAUACAAAAUACACUGAUUUGACUAUAGUCUGCUCUAGAAAUUUCAAAUUUAUAGGAAAAAAAUCAUAGACUUGAAUAUUUGUAAUGCUGACUGGUUACAGAGCUUACCAAAAUAAUCAGUAUAAACUUAACAGCAAUGUAAUCAUUUCUAAGGAUAGUUCUAUAAAUAUUUUUAACGCAAUAAUUAUUAAUGUUAUAUAUUUAGUCAGAAUACAUGUUUGGAUUAUUGUAUGCUUUCCAAAUAGCUUCUAUAAAUCCAGUAUUCAGAAUUAUUGGGAUAAAUACAUUGGUUUAAGUUAUUGAUUAGUUUUAGAUGUACUUCUCUAUAAGGAAGGAAGGUAUACUGGUAAUAUCCAUUGCUGCAAUAUGUACUUAACACAAUAAGAAAUGGCUUUACUUUUUUCUGUCUUAUGUUUUACUGACCUCAUGUUUGUACAAUUGUUUAUUAUAAUGACAAGCACUCUGUGGUUUAGUCCAGGUAAAUUCUAAUAAAAUAAAAACAUUUUCAAUAUAACACAAAAGUACAUUUUGAUAUGUAAUAGUCUAGAUAAUUCAUAAAUGGAAUACUUGAUAUAUGAAAAAGAUCUUGUGAAGCACUGUUAUAAAAUUUCAUUGUGCUAUCUGAGGCAUUUCCAAUUUAGUUGCACACUUGUGUAUUUGGAACUUAGUUUCUGUAUAAACACACAUAAGAUAAAACUACAGAGGAUAGAAAUAUUUUCUAUCUUGAUACUGUUUUAAGUAUUGUCUUUUAUUGGUCAGUUAUUGACUACUGGAAGGAAUGAUAAUUCUGUUUCUCAGUCUGAAGCCAUUUAAACUAAUGAGUGCAGAUUCAUGAAAUAAAAAUCUAUGGCUUUUUUUCUCUGUAGAAUGAUUUAAUGGUGCUAUAAUGAAGGAUGUCUUUAUAUAUUUAAGUAACAAGGCAUGAAAAACUAUUUCUAAAACUUUAAAUCAAAACUGUAUCAGAAUUUUAUUUUUAUAUCAUUUUAGAAAGGUGAACAAGAGACAGAAAACUUUGUAUAUACAGGCUUAAAGAGAUUCGAUUGUAUCAUUGUGGUUUAUAUUUAAAUAUAUUUCUGUAUAUAAUAAAACACUUUAAAACUAAUCUAGAUUGUAAUAAAGAAAUUUUACAUGUUUAAAAUGUUUGGAAACUUGAGCCAUGAUACUGGGCUGUAGCUCUUAAAAUAGAGUAUUCUUUGGUAGUUUGGGAGUGCUGAAAUGUUUUUAUAAUUUGAUUUUAUUAAAUACUUGGAGUUUCUAAGUAUUGUUAAGUACGCAAGGUAUGGAAUUUGUUUUAUUCAAGGUUGUCUUAAAAGGGUGCUAGAAUAAAUUUCUCAGUUCUCUUGGAUCUAUUCCUGGUGUAUGCACAUAAGCUAACAGAAGAGUUUAAAAUGGCAAGAGAAAUACAAUAGAAGUUCAAAAUAUUUAGAAUUAAAAACAUUGGCAAUAAUGAUACACUUGACUCAGUUCACAAAUUGGAUUCUCUCAGGAAUACUCCAGAUAGCUUUGAGACAGUACUCUUUCUGUUUUGAUGUAUCAGAAUUGUUAACAGUAAAUUUAAAUGAUGACACUA